AUGUCAACAAAGGCAGACCCAAACGUGUUGUACAACGAAUUCAACAGAAAGAGAGAUGUGGUUAUCAGGACAGAAUUGCGAGAGAAGAUAGGUAAAUGUAAGAACAAGAAUGAUUUAAUGAGGUUGAAAGAGCAGGUUGUAUUGUUGGGCGAUGGGAUAUAUGAGAAAAUAGCAGACUUGCCGGCGUAUGAUCAAAAGUAUUAUUCUGAGAACAUUGUGGCAUUAUUGGAGAAGACAGAGGCACAGCGAGUAGUUGUUAGCAAAAACAGGUUCACCUUUAAGAGAAAGUUGGUUUCUAAAGACAUUGGGUCAUUGAGUGCGAAAACAGAAAACGAUAAGGAGAGUAAGAGUAAGGGCAGGAGUGACGUUGGAAAUGAAUCUUUAGCAAAACCACUCUAUGAUAGAGUUGAGCAUAAAAAUAUUAGAUUAUCUUAUCCAUCGGGACAUGCGUUGAUAAAAAAUAUAAAGGAAAGCAUAAUAACAACGAUAUCACCACCACCAGGAUCUAUUCAUUUAGAGACAUGCUGUGAUUCAAUAGUCUGGUUAGUUUCGUCGGGGCCUAUUUUCAUUCAUAAUCUCAGCAGGGUGAAGUUGAUAGUCGACUGCCACCAGCUUCGUUUGCACAAUGCCAAAGAGUGCGAGAUCUACUUGAAAGUGGGAUCCAAAAGAGCUAUUAUUGAGAACUGUGAAAAGUUGAAGAUAUAUGCCAUUUCAAGUGGCACAGAUGGCCAGGAAGACGAAAUCGAGAUCGACGACUUCAACUGGCCCAGCAGACUCGAGGUGGACCCCAACUACAGCAUGGGUCGUAUCGACGCAGCAGAGUUUGGGAAACAGAACCAAGGACUCACAGAUAUUCCAGAUAACGAGGAUAUCAAGGGAGCACAAUAUAUAGCUGAUGUGCAACGCUGGGAGUUCUAG